GGUUAAGACCCGGAUGCAGACGUGAGUUUUCGGUUCAUUCGGCCAUUCCGCACUCGCGACUGUGCGUGGCGGGGCAGGUUGGAAUGGGUGAGCUGACAUGUGACGUGUUUGUGUGCGCCAGGUACAAGUUUCGCAGCUUCUGGGAUUGUGUUACGCAGACCAAGAACACGGAGGGAAUGCGAGGAUUCUGGCGGGGUAUGCGCCAUCAUGCUUCGAUUAUUUUGCGGCCCGGGUUUUUGUUGCCAAUGGGUUGGGCGGGAGGGGUUGUUGCUUCUCGGGAAACCCGUUGCUGAUGGAUCCAAUCUUUUGGGCGCAUGUCGACAGGUAGUCUCGCUCCCCUAGCGUCUGUCACUUUGGUCCGCACCGUAUCGUUUUCGAUCUAUUCCAAGUCGAAGCAGGUCUAUGCGGAGAUGCUGAAGCCGGUUCUCGGCCCGAGAUUGAUCUCGACCCCGAAUACGCCGCCGAAGCCGUGUAAUCCGAUCUACUGGUUCCUCUCGGGAGCGACCGCGGGCGGGGCGAUAACGUUCAUAGCCUGCCCUUUUGAGUUCACGAAGCUGUCCGCGCAGAUUGAGCUGUUUAUGCUUCGUUCGAAACGCUCGAGCCUCGACGACCCGAGCCAUAUCAGGAAGUACAAGCACAAAGGCACUCUUGAGGGCGCAAAGGAUAUCGUUAGGGCUAGGGGAUUACUGGGGCUGUAUUCCGGAUUCCAUCUACACUUUAUCCGUGACAGUCUUGGAACGGCAAUGUAUUUUACUUUUUACGAGACGGGUAAGGCGAUGUUUUCUUCUCCGGAAGGGCCGAGCACAUUGGGAAUCGCCGUUUCUGGUGGAUUGUGCGGACUUCUUUCCUGGGUUUUGAUAUAUCCCAUCGAUUCCGCCAAAUCGAUAUACCAGAGGGAUGUCUUGACGCACCCGCCGGGAAAGCCUUUGCCUAAGAGGCCGUUCAGGUUCUUCAACAGGCGGAUGUACCGUGGUCUCGGCGUGUCGAUGACUCGUUCUUGUAUCCUCAAUGCUGUGUUCUUUAGCAGCUACGAGUACAUCAAAGGCAGCGUCAACACCUUUGUAGACGAGUGAAGCCAGCAGGGCUCCGUUUUCUUUUUAUUCCAUCUAACUUGUUACCUGAUCUCAUUUCUUAGGCGCUCGGAGUGUCAUUUGGUUACGCCUUGAUUCGUUAUGGACAAUUGGGUCCAGGUGGGUAUUAUUUUUUAUUUUUUUUGGAGGGGAGGGGAAGGGGUGAGGAGAGGGUUUUUGGUUUCCUAAUCAUUUGGUUUCAUCUUUGUACAAUAUCAUUAUUACGACCGAUACGCGCAAAUGGUGGUUACAACACUUCCAGCUGCUGUCUGCCGAAGUGGGCUUUCGUCCAUUGUUCGAAUUGUCAGAUUUGAAAUGUGGGAUUGCCGACUUCAUUAUCAACCCCAGUUAGUUAGUCCCAGCCCUCACGUGAGUCGG